GUAUGAGAUGUGAACAUUAUAUAAUGAGUUCUGUUGAAGCAUGUGCGCGCAACCACAAAAGUUCUAUUAUUAGCGGGACAUUCAUUAAAUUGACUAAAAUAAUUUAAACCAGCUAACGUCCCUUGCGAAAAACAACCCUCAUAGGUCGAUACUUGUGCAAGCUAAGAAUUAACGAGGCUUUAUUCGAAAUGAGACGAAUCAUUGUGGACUUAGAUGUAGGAACAGAUGAUUAUCUGGCCUUGUUGAUGCUUCUGAAUGCCGAGAGAAAUAAUGAGCUGAAAAUUGAGGGGAUCGUAUGUUCCAUGGGUAACACGAUUGUUGAAAACGUCGUUAACAACGUCGUGAGACUGUUACAAAUUGUAGACAGAACGGAUAUUCCCGUGUAUAAAGGACCCAAAUAUCAAUUCAUUCUUCCUCAAACCGAAAUCGAAGGGUUUCACGGCAAGGAUGGUUUCGGGGAUCUUAAACUUGACGAAAAGCUGGAUUUAUCUAUCGUGAGACCUGAACCAGCAGCUGUUGGAAUUCAUGAAAUCAUCUCCAACAACCCCCGGCAAAUAUCUUUGAUCUGCAUGGCACCUCUGACUAAUUUAGCUUUGACUAUAAAAUUGUACGACGAUGUAGUUGAGAAAAUAAAAGAUGUAUGGAUUAUGGGUGGUAAUUGCACAGGUGUUGGAAAUAUUUCAUGUGCCGCAGAAUAUAAUUUUUAUGUUGAUCCGGAAGCAGCCUACAUCGUUCUUGAAUGUAUGAAAUGUCCAAUUUUUAUCCUUCCUUGGGAAACAUGUUUACAGCCUCGAAUAUCUUGGGAAUGGCGACAAACCGAAUUGGGUACUUCGACACCCGAAUUGGCAUUGCUAUUGAAAGCAGAGGAAAACGUAUACCCACCGUCAAGAUUCGACCGCUGGUUUCCUUGUGAUGCCAUCCUUACUUUUUGUUAUUUGAACCCCGACAAAUACAUUACGAAAAAGAGCAUGCACCACGCAACAAUCGAAUUACAUGGCUCAAAAACUAGAGGGCAAGUUGUUCUAAAUCACAUGAACAAUAACACUCCGAAUGUUACUAUUAUUGGUAGUUUCGACGAAGAAUUAUUUAAAGAAGAACUUCUGAAGCUCAGAUCCAGGCAACCUAGAAAACAGCAGCACACGAUAGUUUAGAAAAUAUGCAAUGGAAAGCAAAACUCAGGAAAUUUUCACAAUAUGUACAUGUGACGUGUAUUUAUUUUCAUCGGCGAUAUAAUUUUUCAUUAAAAAUAAAUUGAAAUUCUUAUGAA